CAUACUUGCCAUUUAUGCAAGUCCAUUAUGAAUUUAUUCAUACGAAGCAUCCACACGAAUCGACGCGUUACCCAUCCAAUGCGAAGUAUCUGUGACUGCGGUCAUCUGGGCCCUGUGGCUCUGCAUGCUGCGUGCCCGGAUAUAAACUCUAAUGGGAGACAUUACCAGGAACAUACGCCAGGCCCUGUUUUGAGCAGAAAACUAUCAUUGCAAGUAGCGGUUACCAUAGGGUCCAUCAAGGAUCGAAUAUCCUAUGGCACGAUGUACCCAACUUUAUUGAUAUUUUGUGAUCCAAGUUCGUUCCUAAGAUGAAGACCGCCAGCAUAUGGCUAACAAAACUCCACUAGGAUCAAUAGCCGAAGGGUCUGGUGUCGUAGGACUUUCUGCUGCUGAUAUAGGGAUUCAGGACGAUCCCCUCUGCGCGUACAACAUAUCAAGGAUCCUGCAAUGGACUGACGUAUGUGAAGAGCAUCAUGACGUCUGCAAUCACCCUUUACCUGGCCAGCAGAUCAGAUGUCUCGCUCCGAAGCGACUAGUUUAUGUCGGGCUAACAGGGCAGUCGCAUGUCCGCCUAAUCACUUUGGAUGGUACGUCAUGCAAGUAUGUUGCACUUAGCUACUGCUGGGGUAGGAAACAUACCGGCAUGAUCACGACGGACGACAGCUUGGGUCAGAUGCAAGACGGAGUUGAACUGGCUCUAUUUUCGAGAACCAUCCAAGACGCUGUCACGGUGGUUCGGGCACUGCAUGUUCAGUACUUAUGGGUCAAUGCCCUCUGUAUCAUUCAACAACAACCAGGUGGCGAAGACUGGAAAGAGGAGUCACAAAAAAUGGGCCAAAUCUAUGGCGAUGCUUAUUUGACAAUUGCUGCCACGUCAGCUAGUGAUUCCGUGGACGGCUUCCUUCAUCGUCCCAAUGGAGGUGUUGCCGUUGAUUUCAAGUCUAGGAGAGAUGCCAGUGGUCAGGGGAAGAUCUACUUCGAAGAAAACAUACAUAUCUUCGAGGCUUUCGCGGAAGGUGUGGAGAAUAGUCCCCUGUUAAAAAGAGAUUGGGUCAAGCAAGAACGAAUUUUGUCUCGUCGAACCAUAGAUUUUUCCGCGAGGCAAAUCUACUGGUCUUGUCGAAUGAGCAGAAUCUCAGAAGCUGGCGAGCGUGAUGAUGAGGGAGGCAUCGAAGCCGCCAGUCUUAUGCAUAGCAUGAGAUUAUGGGAUAUCAUCCCCCGACUUCACGGAAACCAAAGAGCCAAGAUGGAAGGCUUGUUCUUCAAAGCUUGGGGAAACUUGAUCGGUAUCGCCACUAUUUUGGGUAACGUUGUUGGAUGCCGAUACUUCGCAGGAGUGUGGGAACGUAACCUCGCGGAUGGACUGAUUUGGGAGCCUUUGGAUUAUCCAGUGAUCUUGACAGGUCAGCAAUUCAGUUCCUACUUGGUCUUGGGCUUCUGUAGUGGGCGGAAUUUCAGCAGGUGGUCACGAACCAGAAACUGCGCAAAUACAUUUCCUCGGCAUGGGCACAGAACACGCCUUACAUCUCUACGGACGUCUUCACCAAUGCAGGGUAGAUGUUGAAGAGCAGCCACGACCGCCACCAUGUCGAAGUGAUAGGAAGUUGAGAGACCCGCCAAGACAAGUUCCUACGUAUAGCUUUACUCUGAGCGCGGCGGUCGGACCACGUCAUCUGGGUAUGGAGUGUAAGAAUACGUGCAAAUUUGAUGGCUUGAGGUUCAGAGCAACAUUUUUCCGCAUUAGGUCUUCAACUUCACAAAUACAGUAACCAGGAUUGUCAUUGUGGUCUUUUGCUACGGAAAACGAUACGAAAAACGAUACAGGGCGAU